AUGCUAUCCGAUCAAGAAAACGAUCCUUUCCUAAAGGCUGAGGCCGAUACUGUGGCGUCAAAAGAAGACUUUCAGAGUCUACAUGACGCAUCCAUCCAUAAUUGGCACACCUGUCGAUCUUAUGCCACAUCGCUGAAAACAUAUUGGCUGCCCAUCUUCGUUUUCUCCACGACAUCUCUCGUCUGGGGCUUCAUCCUUCUGUAUUUCUUACGACAAGCGCCUCACUUCACUCACAUAACAAGCCAUUUCGCCGAGGACAAUCAGAUCUACGGCAUGCCCAUAUCCGGGUACAAUUUCCUGAGAUGUGGAACAUCCGUCGCCGACGCAAAAGCUUUCGGCUGCGAGUACGACAUACUUGCCAACCACUGGGUGCCUAAGCUUUGCAUUGACCAGAAGGCGGUGGAGGAUUAUCAAAGCGACGGAACUUGGCAUGGAUUUGCCGAUGAAAAUAGGACAGAGCCAAUCAGCUUGGAAGCCAUGGGAGAGCUUGAGUACUACUAUACGUCAGAGAGAGAUCAUAUUGUACAUUGCGCAAUGCUAUGGAGGAAGCAGUAUAAUGCAUUCGCCCAGGGACGCAAGUAUCUUGACUCCAUUACUGCAGAUCCGGAACAUACAAACCAUUGCAUACAUUAUUUGAUGGAUAUGACAGAUCUUGGCCAGGACUUCAGAACGGUAUCGCUCCAAGUCAACGUCGGUUUUGCCGGUUGCUACGUAGGAGAGGAUUAG